UUUGUAUUUAUCGCAUUGAUUUGUUGUAGAAAAUAAUGCUCACAUAACAAAUUCUGUUACGUUACGCUGGCAUAUACAAUUGAUUAACGAACUCGAAAAAGAAAUGGGGUGCUUAAGUAGUAAAGACCGUCUUACAAAAGAGGAUAUGGAAUUCUUGAAAUCUCAUACACGCUACGAUGAAGCCACAAUUAAAGAAUGGUAUAAAGGAUUCAAGCAAGACUGUCCCAAUGGCCGUUUGACGCCGGCCAAAUUCGUGGACAUGUACAAAAUGUUCUUCCCAUCUGGAAAUGCCGAGGAGUUUUGUGAUCACGUUUUUCGCACCUUCGACAUGGACAAAAAUGGUUAUAUUGAUUUUAAGGAAUUCCUUCUUGCUAUAGACGUUACAUCGAGCGGCACUCCCGAGGAGAAACUUAAAUGGGCUUUUCGUAUGUACGACGUAGAUGGUAACGGCGUUAUUGACAUACAAGAAAUGACGAAAAUUGUUCAGGCCAUAUAUGAUAUGCUUGGCGCGUGUUCAUCGAAUCGACCAGCAGAUUCUGCUGAAGAGCGUGCAAAAAAUAUUUUCGCAAAAAUGGACGAAAACAAUGAUGGUCAAUUAACUCAAGAUGAAUUCUUGAAAGGGUGUCUGCAAGAUGAGGAACUUUCAAAAAUGUUGGCCCCAUAAACAACAUGAAAAGAAACCCGAAAAACCAAAGAAAACCCAAAAGAAACAAAAUGAAUUAAAAACAAAAAUAAAAAUAACCCAUUGCGGUUUAUGUAAUUUAUUGAAUCAUUUAUAUCAUAAAAUUUAUAAAUUUACAUUUCCUAAAAUGAAUACUAAGGCAUCUACUAAAAAUUAACACUGUGUUUCAAUGUUUUAUGCACACAUACAUACAUGCAUGCAUACUUAAACCGGCGAGUAUGAGGCAGGGUAUCUCGUUCCCAGACAUUAACUAAACGUUGUUUUAAUGUUUUUAAACGUGUAUGGCAAGAUUGGGGCUUAAAAGGAUAUAAAUAAAUAAUUAAUAUUUCUCUUAUUUCAUUAUUCAUAAAAAAUUGAUUAUGUCUUUUGUAUGCAAUUUAUAUAGGUAUAUACUGGGAGCGUCAAAAGAAGUGUACACCACUUUUGGUUAAGUUUGACUAUUUAGUUAUUUAAUGAUUUUGUUAUUUGAAUUAUUUUUUUUUUAAAUAUAGUUCUUAUUACAACAAGAACCAUAUAAGGCAAAGUUUCGAACUUUGUAUACAAUUUGUAAAAAUUCACCAAAUUUUCAAACUUUUUAGAAAGAUUUCGUGUAUGCAGUUUUAUAGAUCAUUCAAUUUUGGUUUCAAGUGGUUUAAAAAUUGAGUAUAUUUAUAAAAAAAAUUUGUUCUGACGGUGUUGGGUGUUUUCUUACAUUAAUAAAUGGAGAAAAUACACAGGAGAGCGGCCAAAAAAAUUCUCAAAAAUCAUGUUAUUUGACCUACUUGCAGCUAAACUUGCACUUUCUAUACCAAAGGGGCUUCUUUUUCUUCCUAAUUGGUGCAAUAACCGCCUAAGCGAUUUGGCCGAGUUUAACAAAGUGCGCCAGGCGUUUCUUUGUCGUACUAACCGGCGCCAGUUGGGUACACCAAAUGAAGCCAACUCCAUCUCCACAUGAUCUUUCCAACACAAAGGAGACGAAUACAUUCAGAACCGGAGCGUUUGUAUCCAUUCGGACAACAUGAGCCAGCCAACGAAGCCGCUAUAUCUUAUUCGUUUUGCUAGGCUCCAUUCGCUCGUGCAAAGGCUCAAAAAUCUUUCGCACAAUCUUUCUGUCAAACACUCCAAGCUAUGCCUCAUCGGACGUUGUUAUCAUCCAAGCUUCCGCGCCAAUCGAUAGGACGGGCAUUAUAAGAACCAUAUAGAGGUUUGUUCGAUUUUGUUAUUUUUGUUCGUCGAGAAAGGACUUUACUACUCAAUUGCCUACUUAGUCCAAAGUAGCACUUGUUGGCAAGAGAGGUUCUACGUUGGAUUUCAAGGCUGACAUUGUUAGCGGUGUUAAUUCUGGUUCCUAAAUAAACGAAGUUUCUUACAACCUCGAAAUCAUAACUGUCAACAGUGAAAAGGGUGCCGAUACCCGAUUGCGCCGGCUGUUUGUUUGAUGACAGGAGGUACUUCGUUUUGUCCUCGUUCACCACUAGAUCCAUUCGCUUUGCUUCUUUAUCCAGCUUGGAAAGGGCAGAACUAACAGCGCGGUUGUUAAGGCCGCAUAUGCCAGCAAUUGUAUGCUCCUAUAGGAAAUUGUGCCUGAGCGAUUAAGUUUUGCAGCUCGAUUUGUGCUGUGAGAUAUAAAAUUGCAUGCUUGAAAUUUUUUCCGAAAUUCUGAGUAAAAAGUUUGAAAUUUUGAUGAAAAUUUGCCGAAUUCUUACAAAUUUUGUAAAAAGUGUGAAACUUUGCUUUAUAUGGUUUUUGUUGUAGUAUGAACUGUGUUUUUAUAUAUUAAAAGAAUAAUUGAAAUAAAUAAAUAGUCAAAACUAUUCAAUAUAUGGUUACAGAGUUCAUCCUCUUAUUGGUUUUGUGCGCCUUGAUGUUUCUGUUUUACAAAUAAAGUUUUAUGCCGCCUCCGAGCGGCACAUGGUUUUUAUGAGGAGCUUUAGGAGGAUAUGCAAUUUGCAAUGGUAUAUUAAUUUGAGGUUAUGUCAUACCCUGUCUCAUUCUAAGUGAUACAUUUUUUCACCUCAACUCGGCGCGUUAAGUGUACAUGACACUUUUUUAUUUAUUAUUUGUUUAAUUUAUUUUGUUGCCAGAAAGUUGAUGAAAAGUAAACCUAAUUAAGUAAAAACAAAUAUUUGUAGGCAUUUAUAUUAGCAGAAGCAGUACUAUAAAAUUAUUAAAUUAUUGUGUAGCCCAAUGCUUUCGUUUCGUUUGUUUCGUUUAAAAAUAUUUUCCUAAAUUUGUUUUAUUAUUUUUUUAAUGGUAAUUGCUGCCAAAGAAAUAUAUACACAAAGAUUUUGCUUACACACUGAAAUAUAUAUUACUACAUAUUAUCACAAAUUUAUUAUUCAGGGUGAUUGUAAUGCACUAACAAUUCGUGAAAAAUUGCAAUAUUGGCUUUUUAAAUUCGUCUAAUUUGAGUGCCUCAAUAAGUUUUGUUCAUUGAAAUAAAUUCUCAUUUAAAAAAUAUUAUUUAAAACAGCGAAUGACGAGCUAUAAAAAUACAUAACGAAAUUUGCAGUGCGAAAAAUAGAUAUGAUAAAAAAGUAUUACCAAUUAAAGUUACUCAGAAGUAUAGUAAGAAAAACUGCAAAAUAUCGAAAAAUAACCUCUUGUGUUUGGUUUUUUACUUUUGUUUUUACGCUUCUGCUCGGAAAUGCUCGUUUUAGCGUGUAAGUGCACUUUAGCUAAUAAAACUAACAAUAAGUAAACAAAAAAGUGCAAAACCUCUGAAACUAAUUUGUUCCACAAAUUCCGCACAAGUCAUUGUGUUUGUUUCUUCGUAUGCGAAUGUAGAAAAAUAAAAUAAUAGCUAUUUUUACCACUCACCAACAAGUGAUUUCAAUAGACUGACAGCGAAUUUGGGUAUAUAUAUACGUAUGUGUAAUGUAAUUGCAGCUCCAUAUCCGUGCUAAAGACGGCGUAUAUGUAGUCAGUUGGCUUUUUCUACGCUUAAGUUCAAAAUAUAUUAGAUUUUUUUAAGCUUACUCUUCAAUACUAUAUUAGGUUUGUUUUAAGCAGUUUGUUUUUUAUAUUACAAACACAAAUAAGUAUUUGAUUUUAUGUAGUAAACACAAAUACAAAUGUAUUAUAAUUUCGUAAAA